AGGAUAUUGGGGUAGGAGAGAAAUCCAGGAAUUUAGCAGACUGCUCCAUAAUUUCCUUCAAAAUGCCGGAUUACUGACAACUUCUCUUCUCAAAACUCCUCAGUUCUGGAUAAGGAAUACAAAACAUGAAUGUAAAGUGAAAGGGUUAAUUAUCAUCAAGGAUGUCUGCAAGUGAGUUGUCCUCGAGCUUCGUUCACAUGGGGGACAUUGUGUCCCUGUGUGCAGAGGGCAGUGUCAAUGGAUUCAUCAGCACUUUAGGCUUGGUUGAUGACAGAUGUGUGGUGCAGCCGGAUGCAGGCGACCUCAAUAAUCCACCGAAGAAAUUCAGGGAUUGUUUGUUCAAGUUAUGUCCCACGAACCGAUACUCUGCCCAGAAACAGUUCUGGAAGGCGACCAAGCAGAGCACAACAAAUGCAACAGAUGCGGUCCUACUCAAGAAACUCCAUCAUGCAUCCGAGUUGGAAAAGAAGCAGAAUGACUCGGAGAAUAAGAAGUUGUUGGGGAGCAACAUCCAGUAUGGAAGCGUUGUACAGAUGUUACAUCUCAAAAGCAAUAAAUACCUGACAGUAAACAAGCGUCUCCCCGCCCUGCUGGAGAAGAAUGCCAUGAGAGUGACUCUGGACAGCGCCGGCAAUGAGGGAUCUUGGUUCUAUAUUGUCCCAUUCUACAAGCUCAGGUCGCCAGGAGACAAUGUUGUAAUAGGAGACAAAGUUGUGCUGAACCCAGUAAAUGCUGGCCAGCCCCUUCAUGCCAGCAACUAUGACCUGAUAGACAACUCGGGCUGUAAGGAGGUGAAUGCGGUGAACUGUAACACAAGCUGGAAGAUCACACUGUUUAUGGAUUAUCGAGAAAACCAGGAGGAAGUCUUGAAAGGGGGUGACGUCGUUCGAUUAUUCCACGCUGAACAAGAGAAAUUCCUCACUGGUGACGAGUACAAGAAAAAACAAUAUGUUUUCCUCCGUACUACGGGUAGGACGUCGGCGACUGCGGCAACGAGUUCUAAGGCAUUGUGGGAAAUUGAGGUGGUGCAGCACGAUCCGUGCCGUGGUGGAGCAGGCCAUUGGAACAGUCUGUUCCGGUUCAAACACUUGGCCACUGGACAGUAUUUGGCUGCAGAGGUUGACAACGACCCCUCUUCCGACCAGAUGAGGAACAAACUGCGUGGAACCCAGGGUGCUGCUGUGUACUCUCUCGUCUCUGUGCCCCACGGCCAUGACAUUGCGUCCAUAUUUGAGUUGGACCCGACGACGAUGAUGAGGGGGGAUUGUCUCGUUCCAAGGUCCUCCUUUGUACGGUUGCGCCACCUGUGUACAAACACGUGGGUACACAGCACGUCAAUCCCGAUAGACAAGGACGAAGACAAACCAAUAAUGUGCAAGGUUGGCUGUGCUGCUAUCAAGGAAGACAAGGAAGCCUUUGCUAUCGUGCCGGUUUCUGCUCAAGAGGUCCGGGACCUUGAUUUCGCCAAUGAUGCUAGUAAAGUUUUAGCUUCCAUCGCUGGCAAGCUUGAAAAAAGCUCCAUCACACAGAAUGAGAGGAGGUUUGUGACACAACUUUUGGGGGACCUGAUAUUUUUUGCUUGUUUGAUGGAGAACUCCAAUACUGAUCCGCUCGAACUCACCGACCCUAAACCAGAUCGAGAGAGGCAGAAGCUCCUCCGUGAACAGAACAUUUUGAAACAGGUCUUCAAAAUUCUCCAAGCACCUUUCUCCGAAAGUGGUGACGGGCCGAUGCUUAGAAUGGAAGAGCUCGCCGACCCAAGGCACACUCCCUACCGACAAAUCUGCCGCCUCUGUUACCGAACCCUCAAAAUCUCCCAGUCGAAUUAUCGUAAGAACCAGGAAUACAUCGCCAAACAGUUCCCGUUCAUGCAGAAGCAGAUUGGGUAUGACGUCCUUGCGGAGGACACCAUCACAGCGCUGCUACACAAUAAUCGGAAGCUGCUGGAGAAACACAUCACUGCGUCGGAGAUUGAGACGUUUGUCAAACUUGUGAGGAAGAAUAGAGAGAGCAGGUUUCUGGACUACCUCUCCGAUUUGUGUGUGUCCAAUACCGUGGCCAUCCCGAUCACCCAGGAAUUGAUCUGCAAGGCAGUGCUCAAUGAAAAUAACACAGACAUCCUCUUUGAAACAAGGCUUGUGAAGACCCAAGUUGAAGUCGAGAUGGAAGUUGAGACCCCCGAUGAUGAUCACACAGAGCCCAUUGUGACGAUAGAGGAGGAGGAAGAGGUGGUACUGUUCUGGGACAGUGGGGAGAAGUCUAAAGGUGUCAGGGAGCUGGCUAUGGGAGCCAAUGAGAAGAUCAAGGAGGACUUGUCUAUUUUGGACUACUACAGACACCAGUUGAACCUGUUUGCGCACAUGUGUCUUGACCGGCAGUACCUUGCCAUUAACCAGUUGGGGCCACAGCUGGACAUCGAUCUUAUAUUGAGGUGUAUGUCUGACGAGGGUCUGCCGUGUGACCUUAGGGCCUCCUUCUGCCGCCUGAUGCUGCAUAUGCACGUUGACAGGGAUCCGCAAGAGACUGUUACACCAGUCAAAUACGCCCGGCUGUGGUCGGAAAUCCCACUCCAAAUCUCAAUAGAGGGGUAUGAGAGCAACGUAAGCAAGGACCCCACCAAGGAGGCCGUCAAGGCAAAGUUCUCACAUACCAUCAAGUUUGUGGAGGAAUACCUGUGUAACGUGGUCAGUCAGUCCUGGACGAUAUCGGACAAGGAACAGAAUAAACUCACUUUUGAGGUGGUCCAUCUUGCUCGACAGCUGAUCUACUUUGGCUUCUACACGUUCAGCGACCUGCUCCGUCUUACCCAGACUCUCCUGGGCAUCUUGGACUGUGUCGUGGACAAUGCCCUCACAAUAUCAGGAAACCUCGUGAACAAUGAUGCAUCGAGACGAGGAAGUUUGGCCAAUGAUGAGUUUCUCCGCCGAGAUAUAUACGAUCCGCGUGGAGGAGUGCUGCGCCCUAUUGGUGGGAUGGGCGCCGUGAUGGCCAACAUGCUGCUGGGUUCGAACACCGGCGAGGCGUCGGCGGUGAAGAAACAAGUCAUGCCGACAGAGGUCGCUCAGAGCGCCACGCCCGCGAAAGAGGACGUCUUCGUCAUGGACACUAAACUCAAGAUUAUAGAAAUUCUGCAGUUCAUCCUGAAUGUGCGUCUCGAUUACCGCAUCACUUGUCUGCUGUCGAUCUUUAAGCAAGAGUUCGAUGAGAAUAACGUAGCCAAGGCCGCCGAUGCUCCUCCGGAGAUGGGCUUGGACUUGGAAAGCAUUGGUGCUCAAGCUGAGGACAUCUUUGGAGGAAACAUCGAGAACCGUGAACUUGACCUUGAUGGCCAGGGUGGCCGCAUGUUCUUACGCGUCCUCCUCAACCUGGUCAUGCACAACUACCCACCACUGGUGUCCGGUUCGCUACAGCUCCUGUUUCGUCACUUCAGUCAGCGGCAGGAGGUCCUCCAGGCAUUCAAACAGGUUCAGCUGUUGGUCUCGUCGAGUGAUGUUGAAAACUACAAACAGAUCAAAGCAGAUCUUGAUGACCUCAGGUCUAGGGUUGAGAAGUCUGAACUGUGGGUGUACAAGACUAACCUCGGAGAGGGGGGAAGCAAGAAGAAGAAAAAAGGAGACUCGGGUGAAGAUGGGAAGGGUGAUGGAAAAAAGAAGGACAAAGACAAAGACAAGGAUAAGAAGAAGCCACAGACAUUGGGCAGCAUCGGUGAGCAGGGGUCAGCCAUUGACCUUGACCUUGGACCCUCCAUUGAUCUGAAUGCUGCAAAGAAUUACAAGAUGAUUAAGGAGAUUUUGCUGCGUCUGACCAAACUGUGUGUCCAAGAUAUGACGUCUGGCCGCAAGCCUAGGAAACAUGAGCAACGUCUGCUGAGGAAUAUGGGUGCUCAUGGUGUGGUGCUGGAACUGCUACAGAUACCUUAUGAGAAGUCAACUGACACUCGUAUGCAUGAGGUGAUGAGACUGGCCCACGAGUUCCUGCAGAGUUUCUGCCUGGGUAAUCAUAGUAACCAGAGCUUGCUCCACAAGUCGCUGCAUCUGUUCCUUACACCAGGGGGUCACGGCACGCCUCUUUCUGUACCAAGACAAAGUGAGACAGAUGGCGGAUCAAAGACCCCACUGAUGAAGCAGCCCUCUAUCUGGCUGCUCAAGGGUAUCAGUAGGGGCCUACUUGAAUUAUGUCUUCUCGAAGCUCAGACUGCCCGAGCGAUCUUCCUGGACAAUGUGCAACUUUGCAACGAGGUCACGGAAAAGGUCGUACAGCAUUUUGUCCAUUGUAUCGAGACGCACGGCCGUCAUGUGCAGUAUCUACGAUUCUUACAGACGAUAGUGAAAGCGGAGGGUUCUUUUAUAAGGAAGUGCCAGGAUAUGGUCAUGGCUGAGCUUGUGAAUGUCGGAGAAGAGGUUUUGCUCUUCUACAAUGACAAGGCCUCGUUCCAAAUGCUGAUUGAACUGAUGCAGUCUGAACGUCACCGCAUGGACGAGAGCAGCCCGCUCAUGUACCACAUCAACCUAGUCAAGCUGCUCGCCUGCUGUACGGAGGGGAAGAAUGUCUACACGGAGAUCAAGUGUCAUUCGUUGCUUCCCCUGGAUGACAUCGUGAGGGUCGUCACUCAUCCGGACUGUCUUCCUGAGGUUAAGGAGGCGUACAUCAACUUCUUGAACCAUUGUUACGUGGACACUGAGGUCGAGAUGAAGGAAAUAUACACAAGUAACCACAUGUGGACACUCUUCGAAAACUUCUUGGUUGACAUGGCAACGGUGUGCAAUGCGACCCAUGACAGACGACACGCAGAUCUGGUAUUGGAGAACUACGUGACCGUCACCAUCAUGAAUAUUGUGACCAUGUUCUUUAGCUCGCCGUUUUCGGAUCAGAGUACAACUGUUCAGACGCGCCAGCCAGUUUUUGUUCGUCUCCUUCAAGGUGCUUUUCGUGUUUCCCACUGCCCCUGGUUGACGGGGCAGCAGAAGUUCCAUGUGGAGGACUGUAUCAAGACACUCUCUAACAUAGCUAAGAAUCGUGGUAUAGCGAUCCCAGUGGACCUGGACAGUCAGGUGAACACGCUGUUCAGUAAGUCGCAGAUGGUCAUGAAGCAUACACGUGCCUGGCUAAGCGCACGGUCUAGUCGGCGAGACUCCAUGAUGGUCAUAUCACGGGACUACAGGAGUAUCAUUGAAGGUUUACAGGAUAUAGUGUCUCUAUUAGAAGAUCAGCUGAAGCCCCUGGUGCAGGCUGAGCUUUCGGUCCUCGUUGAUGUGCUACACAGACCGGAACUUCUCUUCCCUGUGGACACGGAAGCCAGGAGGAAGUGCGAGAGUGGGGGCUUCAUAUCGAGGCUGAUAAAGCAUACGGAGCGCCUCCUGGAGGAGAAGGAGGAGAAACUGUGUAUCAAGGUGCUGCAGACGUUGAAGGAGAUGAUGACGGUGGACAUCGACUAUGGAGAGAAGGUUGACCUUAAAGCAAUGAAUAAGAAAGAACUAGAUGAUCACAGGAGGGGAGAAAGUCUGCGCAAGAGUCUUCUGACUCGCUAUUAUGGUCACACAAACCCACGGACGAGGGACGAUGGUGUGGACAGUCGGCCCAAACCGGUGGCAGAUAAGACACUCAUGCCAAGCGGGCCUGGGUCUGUUAUGGUCAGCAGGGCUAAGAUGACAUUAUCAGAAGUCCAGUGUCAUUUGGACAAAGAAGGUGCUACAGACCUGGUGGUUGAUUUGGUCAUCAAUAACAGCAGUUACCGCAUCUUCCUCGAGACAGUUGAGUUGGGUAUAGCACUGCUUGAAGGUGGUAAUAGCGCGAUACAGAUUUCAUUCCUGAAACGCCUGACGUGCGACAAGAACUCUGAGAAGUUCUUCAAGGUGUUCUAUGAGAGAAUGCGAGAGGCCCAGGUGGAGAUCAAGGCGACUGGAAUGGUCAACACUGGCGAUAGUCUGCCGGUGACCAGGAAGGAGGAACCUGUAGUGAAAGAAGAUGAUGUUAAGAAGAGAGGUCAUGUCAACGAGAAUGUCCUGAAUGGCGAAAUGAGAGAACAACUUGAUGAGGCCGCUGUACACACCAGUAAAGCCUUCGCCCACGCCCGCCGUAACCGCACCCACGACCAUGAGGAGGACUACGCCCGCGUGUCGGCAACUUCGAUCGACGACGUCCUGGCCGAGAAGUCGAAGGAGAAGGACGACAAGAGGAUGACACAGGAGAUUGCGAUGAUGCAGCCGAUUCUCCGUUUCCUGCAGCUGCUUUGUGAGAACCAUAAUAGGGACUUACAGCAAUAUCUCCGCCACCAAAACAAUAAGACCAACUUCAACCUUGUGUGUGAGACGCUACAAUUCCUUGACUGUAUUUGUGGAAGCACGACCGGUGGCCUUGGCUUACUUGGCCUCUACAUCAACGAACAAAACGUCAACUUGAUCAACCAAACGCUAAACAGUCUGACUGAAUACUGCCAGGGACCUUGCCAUGAUAACCAGAAUGCGAUUUCUAGCCACGAGAGUAAUGGCAUCGACAUCAUCACAGCUUUGAUACUUAACGAUAUCAACCCACUGGGAAAGAACAGGAUGGAUCUUGUACUUGAAUUGAAGAAUAAUGCUUCGAAGCUCCUGCUGGCCAUAAUGGAGAGUCGUCAUGACAGUGAGAAUGCUGAGAGGAUCCUUUACAACAUGAGUCCCAAACAAUUGUUGGAUGUGGCCAAGCAGGCAUUCUACCAGGACAGCCUCGGUGACAUGGAGUCCAUAGACCUAGACAGGGAAGACGAUCAUGGGGAUGAAGAGGUCUCUCCUCGGGAAGUCGGCCAUAAUAUCUACAUCCUCUCUCAUCAGCUUGCACAACAUAAUAAAGACCUGGCGUGGUUGUUGAAAGAUCAGGCCACAGAACCAGCGUUGGAAUACUACGCAGGUCAUACUGCACAGAUUGAGAUCGUGAGACAUGACCGUACCAUGGAGCAGAUAGUAUUCCCCAUCCCGGAGAUCUGCUCCUACCUGACCGCCGAGACCAAAAUCAAAGUUUACGUCACGGCAGAGCGUGAUGAUCAGGGGAGCAAGGUGUCCGACUUCUUCGAGCGACACGAUGAUAUGUAUUCGGAGAUGAGAUGGCAAAAAAAAUUGCGAGCCUCACCGGUGCUGUUCUGGUUGAGUAGCCACAUGACUCUGUGGAGCAGUAUUUCCUUCAACCUGGCUGUCCUCAUCAACCUGAUGGUGGCAUUCUUCUAUCCCUUCAGCAGCUCAGCAGGCAAAGAAUCGGAACUUGACCCCCGUCUCUCGGGCCUAGUGUGGACAGCAUUGUUUAUCUCCUUGGCUAUUGUGAUCACCCUGCCGCGGCCGUCAGGCAUCAGGACACUCAUUGCCUCCACAAUACUCCGCUUUAUCUUCUCGUUCGGUCUGGAGGCGACUCUAGUCUUGCUGGGAGUUCUCAAUGUUUUGAACAAAUUCAUCUACACGAUCAGUAUAAUAGGGAACCAGGGCACACUCACCAGAACCUGGUGGCAAAUCAUCACCAACUUUGAAUUGAACUACAACCUCAUUUAUCUAGUCAUGUGUGUCCUUGGACUUGCUGUGCAUGAAUUCUUCUUUAGUCUUCUGCUUCUGGAUGUUGUCUACAGAGAAGAGACCCUCCUGAACGUGAUUCGCUCAGUGACGAAAAAUGGUCGCUCGAUCCUUCUGACCGCACUGCUGGCCGUUAUCCUCAUAUACCUCUUCUCUAUCAUUGCGUUCAUAUUCUUCCAAGAUGACUUUCUCAUGGAGGUCGAUACGAUGGAUAAGGAUGGAGUCAAAGUUGUGGCUACCGUAGUGACCGGCACAGGAGGUGCAGCAGCUGCUGGUUUGGGCUCGAAAUUUGUCCCGCCCCAGACGUGUUCGUCUGAGAAGGACUGCAAGCAGACGCAGGAAGUACCUAAAGUAUUACAGGAUGACAUCAGCGCCAACGAUUUCGGCCUCAAUGACAGCGGUGACCCUUUUGCAGGAUUGCCGCCAGAUACGGGCGUCGCCAAGCCUGACGAGGACGAGAAAGAGCGCCACUGUGAUUCGUUGGUCAUGUGUAUUGUGACGACGUUAAAUGAGGGUCUGCGGAACGGAGGUGGCAUCGGUGACGUGUUGCGGAAACCAAGUAGUUCGGAGCCUUUAUUCGUUGCGCGGGUGUUGUACGACCUUGCCUUCUUCUUCAUUGUGAUUAUCAUUGUGUUAAACCUCAUCUUUGGUGUUAUCAUCGAUACUUUCGCCGAUCUCAGGAGUGAAAAGCAGCAGAAAGAGGAGAUACUCAAAAAUACAUGCUUUAUAUGUGGUUUGGACAGAUCCUCUUUCGACAACAAGUCUGUGUCGUUUGAAGAGCACAUUAAAUCGGAGCACAACAUGUGGCAUUAUCUUUACUUCAUUGUCUUAGUGACUGUGAAAGAUCCCACCGAGUUUACUGGACCCGAGAGCUAUGUUGAUGCUAUGGUUAAGGAUAAAAAUUUGGAUUGGUUCCCACGUAUGCGCGCCAUGUCGCUUGCAGUGGAUGAUAGCGAGGGUGAACAAAACGAGCUACGCAAUCUACAAGCUCAGCUGGAAAGUACGAAUGGCCUUGUACAGACGUUAUCACAACAGCUGUCAGAACUCAAAGACCAGAUGGUGGAACAACGCAAACAGAAACAGCGCAUUGGCUUACUCCAUCCGACAUCCUCAACGAGCCCCAACCUCAACCAGAACCUCAACCAGAACCUCAACAACAACACUGCCCAUCCUCUACAGUUCUAAUCCUCACCUCGCUGUCAAUCACUCAUCCUGGUCUGUCGUAAUUGGUCACACCAGACAGAUUAAAUCCACCCACUUGAAAUCCAACCAAUCAACAGCUAUGUCAAAACCUAUUUUAUCCUGUGUUCUGUGAUUUUGGCUCAGACCAUGUUAUACCUGCUCAAAAUACUCAACUCGGCAACCAGUUUUGACCUGUUCUUGGUUGUAUUUGCUUGGCAAUUUAGAUGUUUGGGAUACAACAUCUUGGGUUCAUCAAUUGGGUAUUUUUUGGUUCAGUUCUGCUUUAACAUGUAAAAGGAAUAUCAUUUGAGGAGGAAGUUUGAAAUGUCCAUCAUACUCAAUGAACGAAAAGUGCAGAUCUAGUGGCCACAGUUAAUCUCCAAAGUGUGCUGUAUACUAAAAAUGUUCUAAUUUUUAAACUCGGGAACGUAAUUGUCAUAAUGUUUUUGUAACUUGAUGCAAUAGGCACACUGAUUCAUCAGAGCCAUCCGAUAUAUUAUUCUAGUGUUUAAGCUAAAGGGCUUCAUUUUCGCAGAGCAACGAAACAUUGCUUUCUUCCUAUCCUGAUCCAGUUCCAGACCAAUUAUGCCUAUUUGCUGUACAGUCUGCAAUCAGGAACACAAAUUGGUAGCAGCAGUGAUCAAAAGUGCAGAAUAGUAGGUUUUCUGCUCAAUAGGGCGGCGCAGAGAUAGUAUUCCUCAUUUCAUUAAUUUGGGAAACUCAAACAUCAGAUAUUGUUAUGCACUUUUUAAUUUUAUCUGACAGAGCAAAGCAACAUUAUUUUGUUUUAUUCAACAUUGUGUAAAAAGAUCAUCUUUGCGCCCCCUAUUGUCCAUGUGAAGUGUUCCUAGGUUGCAGUGAGAUGCUAUUACACACUUUGCCAGCUUCUCUCCGCAUCAGUUCAGUUGAAUUUUACGCCAGUUGUAAAAAGAUGUAUUUUCACUCUAAAUGUGUAAGGUGCAGUCCCACUCUUCGAGGGGAACUUCUCAAAAUGUUUGAAUUCAGAGAAGAGUAGAGAAGGUUCUAUUUACUAUUGUCUUGCAGUGUUGUAAAGGACUAGGUGUCUGUUUUGUCGCUUUCAAAUUUAACUCACGUUGAUUUCAACUUGUCUGUACAUGUCUGAAUCUGUAGCUCUCUCCUCGGGAGUAUUAUGUCCUGUUAUCUAAAGAACCUUGUAGCUUCCCUUCUGGUGUAACCUCCUUAUUAAUAUGGUAAGGCCUGAUUUUGUAUAGUAAUUUGUAUAACUUGGGGAGGGAGUCCAGAUAGCCAUACAACCAUAUAUACGCAAUGAAAGUUGCUAACAUCUUCAUGAUGUAGACGUUUAUUUACCCUAUAUACAUAUUCAACGAUCGAUGACAUACAUGUAUGUCACCAGUCUAUGGUUCUCAUUCAGUCUUGUAUACCGCCCGAUGAGGGUUCAAGCGAACCGAAAUCGAUCGUGGAAUAUGUAUGUAGUGUAAAUAAACGUCUACAUCAUGAAGAUGUUGGCAACUUUCAUUGCGUAUAUAUGGUUGUAUAGUAAUUUGUGUCGUCGUUUCAGGUCCAAAUGCCAUCAAACUUGCCAUGGGUGUUCGUCUUCUUUUGAAUGUCAUUAUCUAUAUCCUGUCAAGCAAGUUUGACCAUAUAUAUGCAUUAAAGGGCAUUAAAAAAUUCAUUGCCUCCCAAUCGAUUUGCAACCUCCUUUACUCAGCUGUUGAAAUGGCCUCUGCACAGUACCAAGCCGAUAGUUUGCUUUGCUUGGAUGAUAGCGCUGAACCCAGGUGUUCCCAUCCUGGUUUAAAUCCUGUGUCGCAUAAGUUAUUUUUGGGCAAUGUAAAAUACUUUGUUGAUCCUUGUGCUUGGGAAUUCUAUACAGAAAGUAGCAUAGUAACUGUUUGUAUAUGUAUAAUUAACUAAUCGCAUGAAUGGCAUUUUCCUGGCCAAUGUAAUAAUAUUUUUGGAUGUCCAACUCUUUAACUGAAUGUAUUUUCAUGUUAACUCUUUCAAUCCCGCACCCAGUAUAUACCGUAUCUGUAUACUACUGGCCAGCAGUUAUCCGUACAGCUUCUGUUGUUCAACCACUGUACCUUUAAGUCUUUUGGGGCCAGUCUUUUGUUGAUUACACCUGUAAAAAGAGAUUACAACACUUCACUUAAACUGUAUGCACUCCUCUACCUUAAGAUUGGGUAAUGCAAGCUAUUUUGCAAUGAAACUUUUCCUAAGCCAAGUUGGGAUCCAGGUGGCCCCCGGUCUGUACCUGGUGGGCCAGGGGUACAGCACUGUUAAAAAACCCUGUGUUAGUAAAAGAGUUAAGCAUCCCAUCUGAACCCAAAUUUGUCCAUUAGCUGUUGAAAAGAGGGUUGAGGGAAAACUAUGGUGUGGGUCCUAAAAAAAGAGGAGUCUGCCAAGAUCCCCGAGACUCCCAACAGUGUAAAAGGAUUGUUGCUGACCAAUUCUGAGGGGGAUUAGGGAUUUUGCAGAAUAAAAGUGGCAAAAGUUGAUGAAAACAAAAUCUUUCUAAUCGGCCUAGCAUCGAUCAUGAGAAGAAUUUGCCCACCAUGUUAGUGAUAUUGUAUAAACUGUUAUGUUAUGUACUUGAUUGUUUUGUGUACGUCAACAUUUUCAAUUAUUUAUGAAAGGAAAUAUAUUCAGACUGUAAA